GUGGAGCAACUGUGCUUUGCACACACCAACCAACCUGACCUUUCGGUUGCCAUCCACUUUAGCUACCCCUCCCACUCCCCUGGACAUGUCCAUUCUUGGCAUCCUCCAUCAAACAAAACUGUGCAGAACAGAUCCUUUGGCCCUCAAUGUUGUGCUGAUCUGUGAACUAAUCUAAGCCCCUGCCCCUACACCAUCCCAUCAUUAUCCAUAUGUUUAUCCAAGGACUGUUUAAAUGCCCCAAUUGUGGCUGAGUUAACUAGAUUGGCAGGCAGGGCAUUCCAGAACCUGCCUCUGACAUCUGUCUUAAAUCUAUCACCCCUCAAUUUGUAGCUAUGCCCCCGUUACACAAGUUGAAGUCAUCAUCCUCGGAAAAAGACUCACUGUCUACCCUAUCUAAUCCUCUGAUCAUCUUGUAUGUCUCUAUUAAAUCCCCUCUUAGCCUCCUUCUCUCCAAUGAGAACAGACCCAGGUCCCUCAGCCUUUCUUCAUAGGGCCGGCGCACCAGACCAGGCAACAUCCUGGUCUAUGAUCUCACUGUAAAAGUGAUGCACCCCAUGACAACUAUUGUGACACCUCCAUCUGUUGUUGUCUCAUUAAUUAAGUCUUUCUGGAUACUACAUGACUUUAACUGAUAUACAAUUGGUCCCAGUUGGAUUUAGCUUGAUCUACUCAGGAGGUUUUUGAUUCUUGGUGUCUGCCAUCCUUUCAGUUGCAAGCCUCAGCUGUCAGUUACAGGAUUGAUAGCUGGGUUGCAAUGGAACCCUUCAUGCUGAAACAGUUCAAUAGGUGCCCAACGGAAUAGUAAAAACUUGGAAAGACUAUUAGCCUGAGAAUCACAAGGAGUGGAAAAGAGUCAUGAUGAAUCAGUCAACACAGAACAGAGAUGAUUUCUUCACGGGUAUAACACAAACCAUUAAUUCUGACCAUGGGCCUACAAGACCCAGCCCUGCACAGCUUGGGGUGGAAGGUGGAUCUUUACACAGGCUCCUGCGAUCCCGGGAAUACAACCUUUUUGCUCAGUCUGCUGUCUUUGAAAGUGAUUUUAUUCAGGUGACCAGACGAGGAAAUCUAGUGGACAUCCACAAUAUUCCAACUCUCUUGACUCUGGGAAUAACAGCCUCCGUUCCAUUCUUACCUCUCCCAAAUAUCUUGAUCAUUGCCAGCAGAGAUAGUGAAUCCAAAGGAAAAGAGGGAGAAGAAGGAUACAUGAAGAUAACAAGGAUGCUUCCCAUGAAAUUGGUCCGAUUGAGUGUCCAUAAAAAGGUCAGUAGAUGUUUGAAGUUGGUCCUGGCCAAUCGAAGUACUUUUUAUCUCCAACUCCAAGACAAGCACCCCAACCACGUCUUCAAGCUCUGGGAAGAACUCAUUCACAUCAUUUAUGCUGGGCUGUCUAUAACAUUCAAAGAUACCAAUCUCAACCUCCCCCAGGCCUCAAUGUGUGACUCAAGAAGCUCCUCAACUUCAGUUAUCAGCUCUGAGAAAUUCACCUACGAAGCUCAGAAAUCUUGCCGAAAUAUUCCCAUCAAGAAUAAUGCCACAGUAAAUUCUAAAAUAGGAUUUUGGAAAAGGAACCAACUCUUGGUUGGGAAAGAGUUUCGGGAUAGCUCUGAUGAUGUUCACAGUACUGAAUCUUCAGAAAGUACCCACAGAUCGCAGCCAAUUUAUGGAAAGAGCCACAUUAAAGUCGUCAGGAAAGACUGGGUGCCUGAUACUCAGGAGCCUCAAAAAAUAAGAACAAGAACUGAACAAUUGCUUGAUGUGAAAGAAGAAAAAAGCCCAGGAGACGAGUGGGAACAGAUUAUUGAAAGAUGCUCCUGUGAUCACUGCAAAACGUGUAAUCAAGACUUGAUGCAGCAUACCCUAACCUGUAAACAAAAGAAAGCUGGGACUGGAGAACAAGAGGAGGAGGAGGAGGAGGAAGGUGAAGGAGAAUCUAAUGCCUUUGAGGCAGAAGAUGAGGACCGCACGUACUUUGGACUCUGGGAACGCGACAGACCAACACUGAUGCCACUUUCCAGGCUCAGCAGCCUCAUUGCUGUUGGCCUUAGAUAGUUUUAAAUUUUCUUUUUUUGGAAGAUAAAAUCUGUUUGAUUUAUAUUUUUUAAAAAAACUGACAUUUUGUAUAUGCUGUAACAACAAACUGUCAAUAUACACUAGUCAAUAA